GUGUGCGUGUGUUCCAGGCGCCACGUCGGCAGAAGCAGCAGCAGCAGCAGCAGAGGAUCCGCGCGGCGCUGCGUGAGACUGCGCGAGGAGAAGUUACACAGCCGCCCGCUGAUGCGAUAAAAAAUAGACAAGAAGAAGAAGAAAGAAAUAAAGCCUGAAGAGAAGGAAAAAAAGGCCGCUGACAGUCCGAGCAGCUGCUGCCUGCUUUCACACACACACUUUAAAAUUCGUGCAGUUUGAGUCCGAGGCUGAAGAAAACCAGAGAAGCUGCUCCGCUGUGAAGUUUGUCUGCCAGGUGUGUGUUUGUCACAGCAGCCAUGGUGAAGAAUGUAAACAGCGUGAACGUGGAGCCUCAGCCUGGGACCAGCCUGGCCUCGGAUGAAGCUGAACCCACCAACAGCCAGUCCUCAGAGGACGCCGGUAAAGACCACGCGGAGGCUCCUCCCGGCAUGAUGUGGCGGGUGACCGGCGGCCUCUUCAACGUCACCAAGGGUGUGGUCGGCGCGGCGGUGGGCGGAGCCGCCUGGGUGGGCAGCAAGGGCUUUGAGAUCACCAAGUCGGCCGUGACCACGGUGCCCUCGGUGGGGGUGGGGCUGGUGAAGGGCGGCGUGUCGGCCGUGGCCGGCGGCGUCUCCUCCGUGGGCUCCACGGUCGCCAACAAAGUCCCGUUCACAUCCAAGAGGAAAGACAAGGCCGAGUGAGGACGAAGACGACGAAGAUGAUGAUGAUGAUGAUGAUUGAUGAUGGACUUUCCCCGCUCUGAGCCACCAAAGAACCUGUCAGCUAACCGACGUUCGCUCAUCAGACACCGCCGUGCCUUUCCGUCAGUCAGUCGUCUCCACGAGAUCCAGACUUUGAUCAAAUGCUGAACCUGAACCUUCAUCCUCGCCGUCUCUCCACCGCAACCCGGGACGACCAUCAAGCCUCUGAGAUACAGUCAUCCUCUGUGUGUGUAUGUGUGUGUGAGUGUGUAUCUCCAGGCAGACAACAUGUACGCGGUGGACUUCACAAUGAAUAUUUGUUUGUGUUUACAAUCCAGACUGAGGUUGCUGCAGCCUUCCUCCUGCUCUUCACUCUCUGCAGACAUUAGGUGACGUGUUGGAGUCUGAAUGCUGACUUUUAGUCUAGUUUUUCGAAAUGGAGUUGGUGUGUGUGUGUGUAUAAAUGCGUGUGCGAGUGUGUUUUGAAAUUUUAAAGAUUUCGGCAUUGAGUUUGAGGAUCCACAGCUCCUCGGUGUCUGACCUGCUUUAAUCUGUGGAAGUGCUCGAAGCGGCGUUUCCUCCUACAUGUGCGAACACAUCUCUGAAAUGCAGCUUCGAAGGCGCCAGUUCACCAAACUCAAGCUCAGGCUUUCCUCACAAAUACGCUAUUGUGAAACGUUUUCAUCUAUGUGAACUCCUGCAGCGCUGCAAACGACCAGCUCACAAGAUUUAUGAGGAAAAUGUCCAGCAGCCUUUGAUUCGCCGACAGUUGUGACACUCGAAGCGCUCUGGGUUAGUACGAGGCGGACGCUGUGCUGCAGUGCAGGUGACAUUCCUAAAACUCUUAUAUGCAAUCUCAGCAUUUCAAUGCAACAUUCAAAGCAAACAGUCGCUGUUGCUGAGGGACAAAACUAUGUGAAAUGUUUUGUUUGUGCUUUUUUUUUUUUCAGUAUAUCAAUAAAGUAGUUUGUAAGGUCAUAUUGCGCACGGUGACUGAAAUUUGUUCUGCAA